UGUUAGCAAAAUAAUUCUUAAAGGUGUAAGUGUUUACAAUAACAUUCACUAUUAUAAUGAAAAGUGGUUUUCUGAAGUAGUAUUCCAUUGCACUUUGACACUUUUCAGAGAAUUAUUCUCAGAAUUCAGGCGUUAUCGGAUUUAUCAAGUGACUGGGAAUUAUUAAUACAAACGUUAAAUUCACUCAAAAAGCUUAUUGACUUUUGUCAAAUGUAUCGAGAAAAGCUGUAUCCAGUCCAAGAAUUACUGAGAGAAAAUUUCGACAAAUGGUUGCUGGAAAACUUGAGUUCUUGGAUAAUUCAAGUGGUCGAAGUAGAAAGAACUAGAAGACAACAAAGGUUUACUAUUCGGAGCGGAGUGGAUCCUACUUUAGAUCGGUGGAAUGAAACAUACACGUGUCUGCCAGAUUUGUUAUCACAUAUGGCGGAAGGUCAAAUGACGGAACUUCGCGCAAAUAUACGAACAUGUGGACUAAUUUACUUUCCCAUGGUCGGUUAUUUGUUGAAAAUUCCGAAAGUCGAAGUGGAAACACCUGACAUACAUAUAAGCUGUUUGGAAUUCGCAUUUACAGAGACGAAAAUAGCAUACUAUCGGAACGAUACUACACGAACCCUUGAUCGGCGAUACGGAGAUGUGAUGUACAGUAUUGUUGAUACGGAGACCACAAUUAUGCGUCAGUUGCAGCGUCGCUUACUAAUUCACGCACAAAGCUUACUUCGCGCAUCACAAUUUGCUGCAGAAAUAGAUUGUCUAUGCUCACUUGCGAUAGCUGCUAAGUCUAAGGACUGGAAAAAACCGAAGUUAGCAGAAAACGAUUUAAUACGCAUCCGUUCUGGGCGUCACCCAAUACAAAAAACGCGAUGCAAAAGCAUUAUCAAGAAUUUAUUCUACGCAGAUGCUUCGAAUCACAGAAUCACUUUCCUUACUGGACCAAAUGGUAGUGGAAAAAGCACAUACAUGAAUCAGAUCGCCUUAAUAAUAUACCUCACACAAAUAGGAAGUUAUGUACCAGCUGAGGAGGCAGUUAUUUCACCACUUGACGCAAUAUACAUACUCACAGGUACAGGUUCCGAGAAGGAAGAUGAUUAUUCAGCGUACAUAUCGGCUCUUCACUCAGUGUCCGUUGCUUUAAGAACACCAACAAAGAGAACACUCCUGGUGAUGGAUGAGUUCGCUAGUGUAAUUGACAAGUGGGAACUUAAUGCACUUACAACAGCCAUGGUUGAAUUCCUCCUAAACCUUGGAGAAUGUCCGUUUGCUGUCAUAGCCACCCACAACUAUGGAAUUUUGAAACACUUCCAAGUGUCUGGACCACGAGUACAAUACUUGACAAUGAAGACGACAACUCAUGAAGGGAAAUUGCUAUGUCUGUACGAAGUUACUAACGGCAUAACCUCAGAAAGUGAAGCAAUUGCAAUAGCCAAGAAUAUUGGACUUCCACUAGGAGUAAUAGAAAGAGCACUGGAACUGAGGAAUUCUCCAGGUGUAAUGAAUGUCAAAUUUGUGCAACCCAGAAUUAAAAAGUAAGUUUUCACAAAUAAGCUUAAUUUUUCAGAGUGAAAAAAGCGAUGAAGAUACUGCGAAUAAAUAUUGCCAAUAAUAAUACCACGCUACUGGAGAAUAUGCAAAAUUUAUUUUGCCGUCAUCGUCAUCGUCGAAGGCUUAAACUGAAGAAUGAUAGUCGGUCAUCUCAUUAAUGAAAAUAACUAAUAAUAGUACGGUCUUUUUGGCUUAUAACCCGAUUACUUUAUUCAUUCAGUGCUUGUUUACAG